CCAUUGUUUUAGGCUUUGCAUUUGAACUGGUCAUUCAUAAAACAUUGAAAGGUUUCAUAAAAGUUACUACUCUAUGAAAGGUAUUGUUCUAAAGAUUGAGAACACAUUGUGAACAAGAUAGUCAUAUGCAUAGCUUGUGGCCAAGAAUCUACUGUAUACAAAAUUAAGGAGCAAAUUCUCUUCCCAAACCUAUUAUCCUAUUUGUCAAUCUCAUUUGUACAGGGUAAGGCUAACUCUUGAACAGUAGGUGAGUUUUUUGCAAGGGAAUUGAAGCGUUGCCCCAGGUUCUAGAGGGUCAACUCAUGUGAGGAAACUUAUUACUGCAUAAAUUGGGACUAAAGCCAGACCUCCAAGUUCCUGUCCCACUGUCUUUUCACUUAUCUGUCUCAUCCAUUUUUCAAGUCCACCUUUGUCUUUAGGAGAGAUAAUUAUGUCCCUCACACAAUACGCUAUACUGAGAAUGGGCUGUGGGGAUGAACAAUGUGAAAACUGAAAAGAGGCAGAACAUAUCUUAGAAAAAAAAAAUCGUCAUAUUUUCUCUAAGAAAAUAAAUAACUUCAUAAAGUUUACUGCACAGGAAGACUUGGAUCAUUCUUGAAUUUUCAUUGCAAAUCAAAAACAGGAAUUUGACUUUUAUUAUCUUGGGAGAAAUAGGAAUAGAAACGUGUAUAAAAAAUAAACUUUUUUUAACCAAGAAUAAAUUGCAGUAACAGGUUAAGACUCUGGGUGUCGCUGUUCACCAAUCGGGGGAAAAGACAAACCAGAAAUUUAAUCAGAAUCACAAGAUUUCUGCAGCACAAAGCACUGGCUCUGGAGCUUUAUGAAAGCUUCAAGCGGAAGCCCUGAGAGCUCCGGCUGUGAAUGCACUUUAUUUUGGACCCAGAAGAUCCUGGGGCUCCUCCGGCCUCGACAGAGGGAAAACCGAAGCACAGGCGACUCCGCGGCGGGGUUGUAAUGGCGGCGCCUCCUGCUCGCCCAGACCACACACGGCUGCUCCAGAUCUGCCUUCUCCUGGGGGUUCUGGUGGAAAUCAGGGCCGAACAGAUCCGCUACUCGGUGUUUGAGGAGCAGGAAGAAGGCUCAGUGGUGGGCAACAUCGCCAAGAACCUGGGGUUGGCGCCCCGGGAGCUGGCGGAGCGCGGAGUCCGCAUCGUCUCCAGAGGUAGGACGCAGCUUUUCUCCCUGAACCCGCGCAGCGGCAGCUUGGUCACCGCGGGUAGGAUAGACAGGGAGGAGCUCUGCGACAGAUCUCCAAACUGUGUGACAAACCUGGAGAUUCUUCUAGAAGAUACAGUGAAGAUUUUGCGGGUAGAGGUGGAAAUAAUCGAUGUUAAUGAUAACCCACCCAGUUUUGGGACAGAACAGAGGGAAAUAAAAGUUGCUGAAAAUGAAAAUCCUGGGACAAGAUUUCCUCUUCCUGAAGCUUUUGAUCCGGAUGUAGGGGUAAACUCCUUGCAGGGUUACCAGCUCAACUCAAACGGUUACUUUUCCCUGGACGUGCAAAGCGGGGCCGAUGGGAUUAAGUACCCAGAGCUGGUGCUGGAACGCGCUCUAGAUCGCGAGGAAGAGGCGGUUCACCACCUCGUUCUCACGGCCUUCGAUGGAGGUGACCCGGUUCGCUCUGGCACUGCUAGGAUUCUCAUAAUACUUGUGGAUACCAACGAUAAUGCUCCCGUGUUCACUCAGCCCGAGUACCACGUAAGUGUUCGUGAGAACGUUCCUGUAGGCACUCGGCUACUCACCGUAAAAGCCACUGAUCCAGAUGAAGGAGCCAAUGGAGACGUGACGUAUUCUUUCCGGAAAGUAAGAGACAAAAUAUCACAGCUAUUUCAGUUGAAUUCUCUGAGUGGGGAUAUAACAAUAUUGGGGGAUCUAGAUUAUGAGGACUCUGGAUUCUAUUACAUAGAUGUAGAAGCCCAUGAUGGGCCUGGUCUCCGAGCUAGAAGCAAGGUACUGGUGACAGUUCUGGAUGAAAAUGACAAUGCACCAGAAGUCACAGUUACAUCUCUCACCAACUCAGUCCAGGAAACUUCUUCCCCGGGUACAGUAAUUGCACUUUUCAACGUGCAUGACAGUGACUCAGGAGGAAAUGGCCUAGUCACAUGUUCUAUUCCAGAUAAUCUGCCAUUCACACUUGAAAAGACCUAUGGAAAUUAUUAUCGGUUGUUGACACACAAAACACUGGACAGGGAAGAGGUCUCAGAAUAUAACAUCACUGUAACUGCCACUGACCAGGGAACUCCUCCACUGUCUACAGAAACUCAUGUUUCACUGCAGGUGAUGGACAUCAAUGACAACCCACCCACUUUCCCUCAUGCUUCCUACUCUGCCUACAUUCCUGAAAACAACCCCAGAGGAGCCUCCAUCUUAUCUAUGACUGCUCAAGAUCCUGACAGUGGUGACAAUGCCCGAAUCACUUACUCCCUGGCCGAAGACACCUUCCAGGGUGCACCUCUGUCCUCCUAUGUCUCCAUCAACUCCAAUACUGGGAUCCUAUAUGCACUUCGCUCCUUCGACUAUGAGCAGUUUAGAGACCUGCAGCUACUGGUGACAGCCAGUGACAGUGGAGACCCUCCACUCAGCAGCAAUGUGUCACUGAGCCUCUUUGUGCUGGACCAGAACGACAAUGUCCCUGAGAUCCUGUACCCCACCUUCCCUACAGAUGGCUCCACUGGUGUGGAGCUGGCACCCCGCUCCGCAGAUUCCGGCUACCUGGUGACAAAAGUGGUGGCAGUGGACAGAGACUCAGGCCAGAAUGCCUGGCUGUCCUACCGCCUACUCAAGUCCAGCGAGCCGGGACUAUUUGCAGUGGGGCUGCACACAGGCGAGGUGCGCACCGCACGGGCCCUGCUGGACAGAGACGCGCUCAAGCAGAGCCUUGUAGUGGUCGUCCAGGACCAUGGCCAGCCCCCUCUCUCGGCCACCGUCACGCUCACUGUGGCUGUGGCCGACAGCAUCCCAGAUGUCCUGGCUGACUUGGGCAGCCUCAAGCCUUCAGCAGACCCAGACGACUCGGGCCUCACACUCUAUCUCGUGGUGGCAGUGGCCGCUGUCUCCUGCGUCUUCCUGGCUUUUGUCACGGUGCUGCUAGCACUCAAGCUGAGACGCUGGCACAAGUCACGCCUGCUUCACGCUGAAGGCAGCAAGUUGGCAGGUGUGCCUGCCUCGCACUUUGUGGGCGUGGAUGGGGUUCGGGCUUUCCUGCAGACCUAUUCCCACGAGGUCUCCCUCACCGCGGACUCGCGGAAGAGUCACCUGAUCUUCCCCCAGCCCAACUAUGCAGACACGCUGAUCAGCCGGGAGAGCUGUGAGAAAAGCGAGCCUCUUCUAAUAACUCAGGAUUUACUUGAAACAAAAGAAGACGCUAGUCUUCAGGUGUUCCUGAAAAGAUACAAGAGACCUGUGAAAUAGAAGGCAAUUGUGUAAAUUCACAUUUACAGUAUUCUUUCUCAUGAAGCUAUUGUUGGAUCUGGACUUAGGGUUUUUUAAUUUCCUGUUUUCACACUGUACCAUGCUUUGCUUGAAGUUUACUUUUCCUUCCUUGAAAGGGUAUUUUGCAUUAUAAUAGGCAACGUCAACUUAAGAAUACUGGCAAUUUAUGAGUUUAACUUUUAGAUAUAACUUUAACAGGAUAUUUUCUCAAUAAACUGGUAUAUUUCAAAUAUUUUCUUGUUGCUGUUCUGAGAUGCCCCAGAAGUGACUAUGCGUGAUUCCUUUGGUGCACUCCUGUGAUUAUAAGAAAUAUUUCCAAGUUAAUUUCACUCAUAUUUAAGUAGAUUCUAGGAGUAACUUUAAUAAUUUUUAAAUUGCCUAUCAUGACAUCACUAUUGAGACUUUCUUGAUUUCUAAGGAAAAUAUAAGUUUUUGGAGUCUUUUCUCUUUUCAUCAUGUGAGCCUCUUUCAAAGAUUGAGUUACUUGGGUUCUGGACUGAUAUGAUUUACGCUGCUUAGUAAGGUGGCCUCAUCCCUAUUGCUAAAAAUUGCUUUCAGAUAUUUUUGUCAUCGUGUGGCUCUGGGAUUAUUUUAUAUGAGGGAAAAUAUUUUGUGUGUAGGGGAUAUACAACACUUGUUCUUUGUGCUUUCAUUUAGUUCUGUGAGUUAAUUCAAAAUUGAUGAAUGCAUAUGCUUACACAAAUUAGUGUAAUUUGAUAACUGGAAGUUGUAGCGAUAGACUGUAGAAUAUGCCUCAAUUUGACUUACAAAGGAGAGUUUUAGUUUCUACAUGGUUUUGUAUUCAUAGAAAGUUGUGGUGCAAUACAUAGAGUAAGCUGGAAUAUGAUAUGAUGCAGUUACCUGGCUUGGGGAGCAGAAAGCAGAAAUAACAAGUGAAUGUUGAGAGACAACUCACAUCUGAGGAGAGAUUGUUUAAAGUAAUUAAGCCAUAAAAUAUAAUUUGGAAAUGCUCAAUUGGCCUGAAACUGUGUCAAGCAUAUUCAGGUGCUGGCAUUAAGAAUAUAUUCCAGAAUGAGAGUGCCACAUGUUUUAAAGGCCUAGGAAAGCAGUAGAUAAUUUAUAACCUAAAAUCAAAUUUUUUUAAAAAUGUGUUUUUGUUAGAAUGGGCAGUGGGUUUCUUUUAGCAAAUAACAAUUUUGAUUAAACAAACUGUUGUAUAUUCAUAUUACGGACUACUAGAUAACUAUAUUAUGGGCCACUAGAUAGCUAUAAGAAAUCAAUGGGAAAGCUCUCUAUGUACUGAUAUGAUCUUUAAGAUAUAACAAAUAAAAAAGCAAUGUGCA